CGUCGCGUGCGGUUCGCUGCCCGAUCUCCCCACGUCGCUCGCUCAAUAAUAAUAUUAAUCCAGGCCGGAUCCGGCGGCCUUUCGACGUCCCGCGCACAAAGUUAUAUUUAAUUCCCGACUCCCGAUAAACAAAUGCAAACGCAUCAAUUCAACGCACAUGAAAACGAGGAAUAAGCGAGGAGAAUCAAGCUAAUCAAUCAGCUGGCGGCCAUUUUUUUGUUGGCACUAUUUCAGUGCUGUCGUCGCAGGUUUUCCCCUUUCGAUUUGUAAGUGCAAUUUAUUCGAGUCACGGCAGAACAGCGAAAAAGUUUUCUCGAAAAAAUAAUUUGUAACACGUGUUGACCACAGUGCGUAUGAUAAAUAUAUGAGGUGUUUGUGUGUCUGUGAUUCCGAGUGAGUGUGCGUGAGUGCGCGGCACAUGGCUUCGAUUUGAAAAGUUUGGCAAAAAUGCAAAUCGAGGAAAAACCACACGGCAAAAAUCAUCGUUCAUCUUGCCACAUAUAACAUUUGUGGAUAUCGCGCAACCAGCAUCAAAAAAACUAAGCAACAAAAGCACAAACCCAAACAAAUCAAAUAAAUAACAAACAAAAACUAAAAACAAACACGGAUACGUAUCAACAAUAAAUAAUCAAAAUACAGCGCUCAAAAAACCAAAGAACUAGGCAGAUAUUAGGUUAAUCAGUUAUCUAGAUCGUCUGGACUAUCACUUUUAAACCUUAUAGCGGAGCUCUUGAAAUUGAUCCCGCCACCUAUCAGAAUCUCCGCUUCCCGCAGAAAAUGUUACAGCAUCCCGCCACAGAUUUUUACGAUUUGGCGGCGGCCAAUGCGGCUGCCGUGCUCACCGCCCGCCACACGCCUCCUUACAGUCCCACGGGUCUCACGGGAUCGGUGGCCCUGCACAACAACAACAACAACAGCGCCACCAGCAACAACAACAACAGCAGCACCCUGGACAUCAUGACGCACAACGGCGGAGCAGGCAGUGGCCUCCACCUGAACAGCGGCAGCAACGGAAGCGGCGGGGUGGUCAGCGGAGGAGGCUCCGGGGGCAGGGAGAAUCUGCCCAGCUUCGGCUUCACCCAGGAGCAGGUGGCCUGCGUCUGCGAGGUUCUGCAGCAGGCGGGCAACAUCGAAAGACUGGGCCGCUUCCUCUGGUCGCUGCCACAAUGUGAUAAGCUGCAGCUGAACGAGUCCGUGCUGAAGGCCAAGGCGGUCGUUGCAUUCCAUCGCGGCCAGUACAAGGAGCUGUACCGCCUGCUCGAGCAUCACCACUUCUCGGCCCAAAAUCACGCCAAGCUCCAGGCCCUGUGGUUGAAAGCGCAUUAUGUGGAAGCCGAAAAACUGCGCGGAAGACCCUUGGGUGCUGUUGGCAAAUAUCGUGUUCGCCGUAAAUUUCCAUUGCCCCGCACCAUCUGGGAUGGCGAGGAGACGAGCUACUGUUUUAAGGAGAAAUCCCGCUCGGUAUUGAGAGACUGGUACUCGCACAAUCCAUAUCCAUCGCCCCGGGAGAAACGCGAUCUGGCGGAGGCCACAGGACUGACCACCACGCAGGUUUCCAAUUGGUUCAAGAAUCGACGACAAAGAGAUCGAGCUGCCGAACAUAAAGACGGCUCCACGGACAAGCAGCACCUGGACUCCUCCAGCGAUUCGGAGAUGGAGGGCAGCAUGCUGCCCAGUCAAAGUGCACAGCAGCAGCAGCAGCAACAGCAGCAACACUCCCCCGGCAACAGCAGCGGCAACAACAACAACGGGCUGCACCAGCAGCAACUGCAGCAUGUUGCCGCCGAGCAGAGCCUGCAACACCACCCACACCAACAACAUCCCGCCAGCAACAUCAGCAGUGUCGCCAGCAAAGGGGGCAGUGGCGUCGGCGGCGGCGGCGGCGGAGGGGGGGUGAGUGCAGCGGCCGCUGCACAAAUGCAAAUGCCCCCCCUCACCGCCGCCGUGGCCUACUCGCACCUGCACAGCGUGAUGGGGGCCAUGCCCAUGACCGCCAUGUACGACAUGGGCGAGUACCAGCACUUAUGAUUCUAGUUGGAGGCGGCUGCUGCCGCCGGGGGCAGUGGCGGGGUCAGCGGAGGGGUCACCGCCAGCGGCAGCGGCAGCGGCAGCAACAUCGCCUGGCAGCAGCGACAGCGCCACCAGCAACACCAGCAGUCCGAGAGCUUCUACUUCUGAGGAUAGUUACGCAGCAAUAUCGGAAAUACCGCAAUCCAUCAGCAUAGCAACACAAACUUUACAUAUCGCUCAAUUACUGAAAGGCUAUCAUGACUGAAACUUUACAAAGGCUGGAGGAAAUCUACAAUUUUACAGCUCUUAUCCACUCAAAAGAAGCCAUAAAAGUGUAAAGUUCUGGUUUUUCCAUACCAUGCUAAAAACUGUUAGAGAAUAUUAGUAUAAAGUAAAAUUCCCCUUUUGAUAGCUAAAUAUAAAUCUAUGCCAAUGGUAGUUUCAGUUAAGAUAGCCAUUCAGCAAAUAACCGAUAUGCAAUCAUAAACUACCACACCUUCUGGAUAACUUGGCAUUUUCCGCAACGAGAGAUAGAGAGAAAAUAGAAAUGGAGAGACAGCUUUUGGUAAAACUCCAGAAGAAAACACUUAAAACUAUGAUUACUGCAUCGAUCUGUGUAAAUAGCUAGGCUUUAGUUUUAGUACGGUUGGACGGCCAACCGAAAUGCAAAUCAAAUCGAAACGUGCAAAAAUUAUAUAUAUAUAAACCUACGUACAUGCAUAAAUUAUACACUUUUAAUUGUAGUCUCUAGUAAUUCUAUUUUUGUUAAA